GACGACGACGAGCUGACCGAAUUCUUCCCGCUGGACAGCCUGGGCGAGGCGCCCGAGGACGCGCCCGCGCCGAGCCGGAGCCGCAGCCCCGAGCCGUCGUCGUCGUCGGUGGAAACCGUGACGACGUCGCCCUGGUCGACGUCCCGCGACCACGUCGCGCUGCAACUCUUCUGGCAGGGCUACGACGCGUACGUGGCCUGCAAGGACAAGGAGAGCGUGGCGCCGUGCUUCUACAACGCGCAGUGCGCCGGCCAAUCCGCCGACAACGAGUUCGUGCAGAUCGUGCCCGUCGUGGAGGUGCGCGAGCGCCUCAUCCUGGACGAGAUGCGCGUGCAGAUCGUGAGCGUGAGCUCGGGCAAGUACCUGCGCGCCACGCACGUGUCCAAGUACCUCAAGUGGUCGCGCACGCGCGACGAGCAGACCGUGUUCGUGAUCCAGAUCGCCGACCGCAAGCCGCUCACGUCGAGCUCCAAGUUCACGCUGACCAGCAGCUUCUGGCCCGACCGCGCCGUCGGCUUCACGCAGAACUUCCCGCUCGGAGGCGGACGGGAGGUCGACAAGGCCAUCGGGUUCUUGACGCUCGAGAAGAGGAAGAACCAGGUCCCGCUGCUCUUCCCCAUCCGGUUCAGAGCGGUGCAGCGCUCACAGCGAGAUGAUCGCGGCGCGAUGGUGGCCAGGUUC